CCUACUUCCUACCUCUGGCUUUGACCAUCUGCGCGCUGCCUAUAACAAUUCACUUUAACGCACCUUCUCUUUAGAGACCCUUUUGCUUUUAUUGUUGGUAUCGUAUCGUAAGAAGAAAAUUCUCUCCUCCAUCGCCUACCCAACACGAGAUCUCUCUCUCUCAUCUCUCUCUCUCUUUGAUCCCAAUCGCCUACAUGGCUACGAUUUCCAAGCUCGCAAAUUCUAGCCCUGCUGCCUCUCUAUCUCCUUCUUUUUCCUUCACGUCCAGAUCUUCUGCACCUGUGUGCUUCGUCGAUUUCCGUGCCAAGGCGUCUUUCCUUGCCAGAGCUGCAUCGUCUAAGUUGUCCGUUCGAAGUAGGCAGCCUAUGACCCGCUUCUUGGUUGUUAGGUGUGUUCAGUCCACUGGAAAUGGUAGUCCGAUAAAGAAAACAACUCUUCAUGAUCUCUAUGAGCGAGAGGGCCAGAGUCCAUGGUAUGAUAACCUUUGUCGGCCUGUGACCGAUUUGAUUCCUCUGAUCGAGAGUGGUGUAAGGGGUGUAACUAGCAACCCAGCGAUUUUCCAGAAAGCAAUAUCAUCAUCAAACGCAUAUAAUGAUCAAUUCAGGGAACUUGUACAAUCAGGGAAAGACAUUGAAAGUGCCUAUUGGGAACUUGUGGUGAAGGACAUUCAAGAUGCAUGCAAGCUUUUUGAGCCAAUUUAUGAUAAAACAGAUGGUGGCGAUGGCUACGUUUCUGUUGAAGUUUCUCCCAGACUAGCUGAUGAUACUAAAGGGACAGUUGAGGCUGCAAAAUGGCUUCAUAAGGUGGUUGAUCGCCCCAAUGUAUACAUUAAGAUUCCUGCUACAGCUCCAUGCAUUCCCUCGAUCAAAGAAGUUAUUUCAAAUGGCAUUAGCGUCAAUGUGACUCUUAUAUUCUCUCUUGAAAGAUAUGAAGCUGUCAUUGAUGCCUACUUGGAUGGCCUUGAGGCUUCUGGACUGAGUGACCUCUCCAGAGUUACUAGUGUUGCGUCAUUCUUUGUCAGCAGGGUAGACACUCUUAUUGACAAAAUGCUAGAAAAAAUUGGAACUCCAGAAGCCCUUGAUCUUCGAGGGAAGGCUGCAGUUGCUCAAGCAGCUCUGGCAUACCAGCUCUACCAGAAGAAAUUCUCUGGUCCAAGAUGGGAGGCUCUGGUGAAAAAGGGUGCCAAGAAGCAGAGGCUACUGUGGGCUUCAACCAGUGUCAAGAACCCUGCCUACCCUGAUACUUUAUAUGUUGCGCCCCUCAUUGGACCUGACACAGUUUCGACUAUGCCCGACCAAGCUCUCCAAGCAUUUAUUGAUCACGGAAGUGUUGGGAGAACAAUCGACUCAAAUGUAUCUGAAGCUGAAGGAAUUUACAGUGCACUUGAGAAGUUGGGAAUUGAUUGGAGCUAUGUAGGGAAUCAGCUUGAGGUUGAAGGAGUGGACUCUUUCAAGAAGAGCUUUGACAGUUUGCUCGAUACCCUCCAAGAGAAGGCAAACUCUCUGAAACUUGUUAGCUUGUAAGUCUUGUUUAUCGUAUGUUAUACUGUCAUCAUGAAGUAAUAAAAGUGGGUUGUCAAUCCUGCUGUAAAAAAGCUAGUUGGUGUCCAUGUAAGAAUGUUAAUUAUGUAUCAUAAGUUUUCUGGUUAUGUGGGA